UCCCGGAAAAAAAAAUUGCAAACCGGAAGGGAAGGCCAGAGCCCAAGAAGAAGAAGAAGACAGCCGCAGCCGAUGAGACCGAGCGAAACAAGGAAAAAAAAAAAAAGUACUCUUCCACUGGCGAGGUCUCCUCUUCCUCUUACCUGCCUAAUCUGGAUCUACCCCAGUCUGGCUCAACCAGCCCUCGCCUGCCUCUGCACCCAGCUUGAGCUCAAAAGUCAACCAGACUUCCUCCCUCUUCUCCCGGCAUCCUCCUCUUCUUCUUCUUCUCCUCCUUCUUCUUCUUCUUCUUCUUCUUCUUCCUCCCAGUCUUGAACACUGCGCUAUCAUGGCAGGGCGAGGCGGACCAGCACGGACCAACGGCGCCGCAGCGAGCAACAAGAUCUGCCAGUUUAAGCUUGUGCUGUUGGGGGAGUCGGCGGUGGGAAAGUCCAGCUUGGUGCUGCGCUUUGUCAAAGGCCAGUUCCACGAAUACCAGGAGAGCACCAUCGGAGCCGCCUUCCUCACACAGACCGUAUGUUUGGAUGAUACAACGGUCAAGUUUGAGAUCUGGGACACCGCAGGACAGGAACGGUAUCACAGCUUGGCACCCAUGUACUACAGGGGAGCCCAGGCCGCCAUCGUGGUCUACGACAUCACUAACACAGACACAUUCACACGUGCUAAGAACUGGGUGAAAGAGCUCCAGCGACAAGCCAGCCCAAACAUCGUGAUUGCACUGGCAGGAAACAAAGCCGACCUGGCCAACAAGAGAGCUGUAGAUUUUCAGGAAGCACAAGCAUAUGCAGAUGACAACAGUUUGCUCUUCAUGGAGACUUCAGCCAAGACUGCUAUGAAUGUCAAUGAGAUUUUUAUGGCUAUAGCCAAGAAGCUCCCUAAGAACGAGCCCCAGGGUGGAGCGGGCGCUGCCGGACGAGCUCGAGGAGGCGUGGACCUGCAGGAAGCUGCACCACAGGGCAGAAGUGGCCAGUGCUGUGGGGGCGGGAACUAAUUAACUAACUAACACAACAUUGAGUCAGCUGAUCCAACCAACCUACAGCUUCGAUCAACCAGACCAGAUAUUAGCCAGCUGUCAUACAAUGUCCCAUCGGUCAAACCAAACCAUGGUUCGGACCAACAAAACCCUUCAAGCACCAAUAGACUGUUUGGCAAACAAGUCCACUGGCCAGUAACCUGCCAGAGCCCCACUGAUGGUUCCAGCUGAAGAACCAACAAACAGACCAAGAAAUCAAUUCACAGAAUCGUAUUUUAUCCCCAGGAGUCCCCGAUCUAUGACCUCUCUAUUGAUGAUGGACACUUGACAUCACCGUAGGGGGAAAACAAAAAAAGUCCCAUUUACAGAAGAAGAAAAAGAUCAGUCAUUACAAAUGGCACUUACUUAGAGCCAUCUUCCUCAUUUUUUUUUUUUCUGUAUUUGUGUAAAAGAAAAAAAACGUAACAGGAAGGAGUUAAAAGCGGCUGACUGGCCCUGUAUUUUCUCUGCUACCCGCUGCAUCCCCCAUUGCUCCAAACAUGUAUAAAUUAUAUCCACCAUGGUCUCAUGACUCCAUUAAAACUUCGGUCCAGGUGCAUGCAGCAGUCCUUUACUUUACUGUCUUUUCUCAUUAGAGCUCUGUAGAUUGAAUUAUUACUUGGUUAUUGUUAUCACUAUUAUUACUUCAACUUCUUUUGAAACAGGCUGUUCAAUAUGAUUUUAAAGCCUCGACUUUAAGGUUUUACAAUCAUCUAUGUUAUCAAACCAUAUACAGUAAAUAGUACUUUAUUAACAUUGUCACUCAAGUAAUUUUAGCAUCAAUGUAAUGUUUUUGAAUCAUCAGUGUACAAUGACAAAAUACAAGAUUUGUUUUCUUGACCAAAAUCACGACUGUGUAUUUACAACAUUGCUGUAUUUGUAUCAGACUUUUCAAGUUUAUAAUCAAUCAGUAGUUACUGUCUAAACAAUAUCUUCCCAAUCUCUACAUGAUGUUUUGUUAACCUUAAUGUGAUGGGGUUUUUUUUAUGUCUUAAUUUUUUUUUCUGAAGAUUUAUGGUAUUAAAUGCACUGGUUCUGUCUCAUCUUUGUGAAUUGAAAUGUUAUCGUCG